AACCAAAAGAAUCUUGGCCUCUCCAAUACUUUAUGCAUUUUGUUCUUUCAUCUUCUGCUCAUGGACCGCCUGAUCCGUCGUCCCCUCAGUUUCUAUAAAGGAUGGGUGAUAGUAACUAGCCAUCCAUAUGAGGUUGAAACAGAAAUUUAUCCAGAUUUUGCUAAGAAGCACAAUUAUGAGCUGCGUGAUUACUGGCAUUUGAUUGAUCCCCGCCAAAAUGUGCAUCGUGUUCGUUAUGUUAGAGACCAAAACAAGGCAGUUCUGACUGAGGGGUGGGCUGAUCUUCGAAAUUUCUAUGGUGUGCAUGGUGAUAUGUGGGCUCUGCUCAAAUAUGUUGGCGGUUCAUUCUUUGACAUCAAUGUUUAUGGCAUUGGCAGAGGUGAGAUUGACUACCAUCGAGUUGUUGUUCAAGUUUCACCGGCUUCUGAUCAGCCCGAUCCAAUUGUCGGUCCAGCUUUACCAGCUCCACAAGCUUUUCAAUUUCUUGAACCAGAUCUGCCUGCCCCUCAAGUCUCUGGUCCUCAACCCAUGCCUCAAUUCGCUGCUGCAUUUUCAGUUGAAUGUUCAUUUACCCAACAUUUAACAGACUAUCAAGCUACUGGACCUCAGAUGAAUCUGCCCGUGCACGCCUCUACUUAUCUCCGCACCUGUGGGUCGGCUCCAUGGACGCUUAAGGGACCUUUAGGUGAUGAGGUUCAGUGCAAUAUAAUUGCAUCUUCACAGCAUCCAUGUGCAAAGAUAGGGAGUGGAUGGAGGAGAUUCUGUGAGAUCCACAAGUUCCAAGCUGGUGAUGUUUUGGUCUUCAAGUUUUCAAAUGCACAGAUUCGGGUUAUAAAGGUGGAGGGGCGAUGGGCUGGAAGAUAUUUUAGGGCUGUUUUCUGAACCUAAUUGCUUGGAUGGAUGUUUUCCUAUAAUAUGUGAUAGUUUGUUGAUGUUGUUGGUGUCUAUGACUAUGUAUAAGUAGUCUGUGUUUGUUCUAUGAGGAAGUUAUGUUUGCCGUCUGUUUUAUUUUGGUUAC